AUGAACUCUCAAGCCCAAUCCUCUGUCCCCAAGAUGGCCUCCUACAACCCCGGUCCCAACUGGAGAUACCCCAACAUGUGGUCUUUGGUUGGAUUCGCUGUAAGGGUGUCUAUACCGGGUCCCUUUCGGUGCCCCUUCGGCCUCCUCUCAAUGUCUGCGAAAAUCGCUCAACCGAAAGACCCUGUCGAUGUUGGCUCCCUUCUCAGCUUCCCUUACUGA